AAAUACCAGUCCCGGGAUGAUUUUACAACAGACUCCCUGGAAGUGCCCAAGCUGAGCUGUGGAAGACACACAUCGAUGAAAGCAAAGCAAAGCCGCCAAGCCACCAGCAUGUCCUCGUCUCUUCGAGUAAGCCCGUCCAUCCACGGCUACCACUUCGACACAGCUGCUCGCAAGAAAGCUGUAGGCAACAUCUUUGAAAACAUAGACCAGGAGUCCCUGCAGAGGCUCUUCAGGAACUCCGGAGACAAGAAGGCAGAGGAGCGAGCCAAGAUCAUUUUUGCCAUCGACCAAGAUUUGGAGGAGAAAACUCGAGCCCUCAUGGCCCUGAAGAAGAGGACAAAAGACAAGCUUCUUCAGUUUCUCAAACUGCGUAAAUACUCCAUCAAGGUACACUGAGCAUAGCAGGAUGGGUAAGGAGCUUCUCCACCAAUGGACCUUUAAAGACCCAGUGAGCCUGCCAGCCCUGGCAGGGGCCGUGUCCUGCGCAAAGGCUUGAGAGCCUCCUCCGACAGGACCCCGAGGAUGGAAAGGGACAUAGCUCGCCAGCUACAUAAAGACUUCCAACUCAAUGAAGCCCCGAGCUGUCCCACUGAGAGCAAAGUGCCUUCAGCAGGCGUUGAGAACUCUCAUAGCAGGAAAGGACCUACAUAGCCUGAGAGGAUGGAGUCACAGACCAGAACAUGGCAUUUGUGAGGACUGAGCGCACGCACCCAAGGGCGUCCGCACCUUGCCCUAAGACUAAACUCAAACCUAACUUGGUUUUUGUUCUUGUUCUUGUUUGGUUUGUUAUUUUGUUUUCUUUCUUUUC